AGCAGCUUCUGCUUCUACUGAUCCAUCCAUCAUGGAGAAGGACGGCGGCGGUGUCGCGGCUGGGGAGUGGAGGUUUCAGCCCAACGAAUCGCUGAUGGCCGCCUCCUCCCUGUCCGUCCGAGGGGUCCUCACCGAGAUCGUGGCCAACAUAGAUAACGAGUCGGAGGACACCCGGCCCAGGAUCCCCCUCGGCCACGGCGACCCCUCGGUGUUCCCCUGCUUCCGGACCGCUCCCGAGGCCGUCGACGCCGUCGUCUCCGCCCUCCGGUCGGGUCAGUACAACUGCUACCCUCCCUGCGUCGGCCUCGCCCCCGCAAGAAGAGCAAUUGCAGACUACCUUUCUGGUGAUCUCCCUUACGAGCUAUCCCCUGAUGAUGUUUACCUCACAAAUGGUUGUGCUCAAGCGAUAGAAAUAGUAGUCUCUGUCCUUGCUCGCCCUGGUGCAAACAUUUUACUGCCCAGGCCAGGAUAUCAGUUUUAUGCUGCGCGAGCUGCCUAUAAUGGAAUUGAGGUCAGAUACUUCAAUCUUCUCCCAGAGAGUAAAUGGGAGGUUGACCUCGAUGGCCUGGAAGCCCUUGCAGAUGAGAACACUGUUGCUAUGGUCAUUGUCAACCCUGGAAAUCCCUGUGGAAACACCUUUACCUAUCAACAUUUGGCCAAGGUAGCCAACACUGCAAAGAAGCUUGGCAUUAUGAUCAUUGCAGAUGAAGUAUACGAGCACUUGACCUUUGGGAGUAACCCCUUUGUACCGAUGGGAAUGUUUGGUGAAGUUGUCCCAGUUCUUACUUUAGGCUCUAUAUCAAAGAGAUGGGUAGUCCCUGGUUGGCGUUUGGGCUGGAUCGUUACAAAUGAUCCUAAUGGAGUACUUAGCCAGACAAAGAUUGUGGAAUGCCUUAAGAAUUAUCUCGACAUCUCAUGCGAUCCUGCAACUUUUGUUCAGGGUGCAAUUCCCCAGAUAAUAAAAAACACUAAUGAUGAUUUCCUUAGACACACCAUCAGUGUCUUGAGGCAAACAGCAGAUAUUUGUUAUGAUAAACUGAAGGAAAUUGACUGCAUCAGUUGCCCGAGUAAACCUGAAGGCACCAUGUUCGUGAUGGUGAAACUGGAUUUAUCUCGUUUGGAGGGCAUACAUGAUGAUAUGGACUUCUGCUCCAAGCUGGCCAAGGAGGAACUAGUAAUUGUUCUUCCAGGGUGUGCUGUGGGAUUCAAGAACUGGCUUCGCAUCACAUUUGCCGUGGACCCGUCCUCUCUAGAAGAUGGCCUUGAGAGGCUCAAGUCUUUCUGCCUGAAGCACUCCAAGAGAAGCUCAAGUCCUGCUAUUAUUAGAUCCUGAACGAAGAGAAGCCCUGCCUCGACUGUAGGCAUUUUGUGUUACUACCGUAACUGUGCUUGCAAUUGGCCUUGCGAGGCUCAACUAUUGAUGCAGUCGUUUGAUGGAAUCCAUCAGUGCUCGAGUUGGUAGGAUUGUCCAAAGGAUAGGAACAGCUGCAACACAACCAGUCAGUAUGUUGGGUUCUUUAUGACACUUGAAAUCAUAAAUAUAUAUUUAUUGUUGUAAUAA